GAACAAAGAACAACGAUGGGCAAUGAAAUUACAAGGGAUUAUCUAUGGAGCCAAUUUGAAGAAUUCAGGAGAGAUUUGAGUCAAGGCAGCAUUCAUGAAAUGUCUGAUAACUACCAAAAACAUUUAAAUGAGAUGCAAAAUCUGCCCCUUAAUAUUGCAGUUACUGGGCCGGCAGGUGCUGGUAAAUCCUCCUUUGUCAAUGCCAUUCGGGGUGUAAUGGAUGAUGAUGAUGAGGCAGCUAAAGUUGGAACAGUAGAAGACACCAUGGUGCCAAAGGCAUAUCCCCAUCCCUCUUGUCCCAAUAUCCAAAUAUGGGACCUUCCAGGGAUUGGAACACCUAUGUUUAAAAAAGUGGAAUAUUUGCAGAAAGUCCACUUUGAAAGAUAUGAUGCCUUUAUUAUUGUUACAUCUGAUCAGUUUACUGGAAAUGACGCUUUCCUGGCAAAGGAAAUACAAAGAAUGAGGAAGAAGUUUUACUGUGUGUGUACAAAAAUAGAUGUCAAUAUCGACAGAGAAAAGAGGAAAAACAAUUUCAUGAAGGAGAAAACCCUGGCAUUUAUAAGGAAAUGUUGUGAAGGUAAUUUGAGUAGGGCAAGUGGACUUUCCACACGAGUAUUUCUGAUCUCCAACUGGAAGGUAGACAAGUAUGAUUUCCCUCUCCUGCGAGAGACAAUGGCUGCUGAACUUCCUUACUACAAGAAGCAUAUUUCAACAAUGGCUGCGCAGCUUUUCUCCGAAAGUGAAUUGAUGACGAAAAAAGCUGAAAUAACAUCAUAUAUAAAGAAGGUGGCGUGGGUAUCUUGUGCUUGUGGAGUAGUUCCUGUUCCAGGUCUCUCUGUGCUUUGUGAUAUUCCAAUAUUGCUGGAUGCUCUGAAAUGCAUCUGCAACGCAUUUGGUUUCGAUGACAAUUCGCUCCAUAUUUUGGCAAUUCACACUGGAAAAGGAUUUGAAGAGUUGAAAUCGGUUAUCAAGAAAACUCCCUUAGCCAACACAAUAAACAUAGGAUUGGUAUUUUCUCUAUUGAUGAAGUCAUCUCUCUGGGUAAAUGUGUCGAUUGCUGAAGUGGCUUUUACUUUUAUACCUCUUAUUGGGUCUGGGUUUGGUGGAGUAAGUUCAUUUGCUGUCACAUAUCAUUUUCUGAACACGUUUCUGGAUGAUGUUAUGGAAGAUGCCCGAAAUCUUCGAGCAACGCUUCUUGAGUGAUCCUUGUCCCAGGGAAAGGUCCCAGGCACCCUCAAACCCUGUUUGGAGGAGACAGUCAAGCAUUUCCUCCAAUGAAAGCAGGGAAGGAAAAUAAUAAUGUGCUUCAAAGCCAUAGUAGAACUAUCUAUUUGCUUGCUCGUUUUAAUAAUUCUUCAAUUGAAGUAUGUGCUUGAUUAUCCUUAGGACAAAUAACUAUCUCUGUCUGCAGAUGUUUUCAUAGGAAGCCGGAAAUUAAAUAUUUCUUUUUUUUUCUUUUGUUUUUUUCUUUUCUGCAUGUAACUAUUAUAAAUAACAAAACAAAACAGGAGAGACUUUGCUAUCAAGCUGAAAAUAUUAGAAUCCUUUUUUAAAAAUACCAUGAAAACUCAAUGUACUCUUCUAAAGCUACUAAUGUCACACUGAGC